AUGGUUCCCUUAAUCUCUGCUCUUGGGCAAACCUCUCUGUUUAAACUUGGACGGUUGCAGGGCAGCUGUCUCUACCUGGUGAGCAACGGGCUGGAGGUCCCAGACCCAGGGAGCCAGCAGAAACUGGAAUCCGAAAAGGAAGCCGUCCGCCGGGCCAUUCAGAAAGAGCUGAAGAUCAAGGAAGGGGCUGAAAAUUUGCGGCGGGUGACCAAGGACAAAAAGCAUUUGGCCCACGUAGAGACCGUGCUGGAGUCGUCCAGCCAGAGGCUGAACCAGUUGCACCGCCAGCUCAAAGCGCUCCAGGCACGGAUUGUCCCCGGGGAGCGAGACGGUGGCCAAACAGAUGCAAAUGGGUCGCCCGACCUCAAGCUUUGGGGAAAGGACCCCAACCACGUUUCGAAAAGGCUGGAGGCCUUGAAGAAGCAGCUUCACAUCGAGCUGAAAGUGAAACAGGGAGCCGAGAACAUGAUCCAGGCGUAUUCCAGCACAGCGAAGGAGCGGAAACUCUUAGCAGCUGCUCAAGAAAAUUUUCAGGAGAGCAAGACGAAAAUCGAGCUGAUCCGCAUGGAAAUGGUGAAGCUUUCCCAGGCGGCAGGCGUGGUGGGUGACCCCCUGAAUCCGACAGGACACGGAGGGCCCAACCUACUCCUGGAGCUGCGUCUCGAAGAACUGCGGCAUCGCCUGCGCAUUGAAGCGGCGGUGGCCGAGGGAGCCAAAAACGUGGUGAAGAUCCUUGGCGGCCGGCGGGUGCAGGACCGGAAGAUGUUGGCAGAGGCGCAGACUUGCCUGCAGGAAUCGUCUCAAAAGAUUGAUCUUUUCCGACUGUCCCUGGAGCACCUUUUGAGCAAACUUUCUCCAGAUCACCCAAAACGGGGGCUAAUCAAGCAAGAAAUAACAAACACCUUCUCUCUUGGGGCUCAACAGUUCCCCCCAACUUUGAUCAAGCCCACGGCUCUCACAGGUAGCCUUCAAGUACGUUUGAUAGGCUGUGAAGACCUCUUGGAGAAGGUCUCAGGCCGUUCCCGUGUAGCCACUUCGGUGCCCAUUUACACAAGCCCCGGUGACUUCAAACCCUUGACUCGGACGUGGGUUGGCGUCAAUAUCCCCAGCCGGGGGGCUGCGGGAAAACUUCGCUAUGAGGAACUCAGCGGCGAAGUCCUUGCGGUUCUCAAGGUCGACAACAAAGUCGUCGGCCAGACAAACUGGGGUCCAGUUAACGGGCAAGCUUGGAACCGAACCUUUACUAUCGAGCUGGAAAGAUCUCGGGAGCUGGAGGUCUCGGUCUACUGGCAUGAUUGGCGCAAACUCUGCGGGGUGACCUUCCUGCGUCUGGACAGCUUCCUUGAUAAUGCCUGCCACAGCAUGGCUGUUUCUCUCGAACCCCAAGGGAAGCUCUUCGUAGAGGUAACGUUCAGCAACCCUGUCAUUGAGACCCACGCCAAGCUGCAACGCCAGAAGCGCAUUUUCCCUAAACAGAAAGGAAAAGAGUUCCUCCGAGCUUCUCAGAUGAACGUCAACAUUGCCACCUGGGGACGUUUAAUGAUGAGUCUUCUGCCCCCGUGCAGCUCCCUGAAUGCUUCGAGCCCCCCUUUCCGAGGAUCCCUGCAUCCAGAUGUUGCCUCUGCAGCUGCUGCUGAGGACAACUGGGGGCCUGUGGGGGCCAGCACCUCCCCGCCAGGGAAGCUGAUUUUGGGAAACCAGCCCCCACCCAAACCACCGCGCCUCUUUCUGCCGUUUCCUCGCGAGGAGCCAGCCCCGUCUCCAACAGAUCCAGCAAAUCAGAAAAUUCCCUACCUCUACGAAAAAACGUGCAACUUUCAAGAGGCUGCCGCCAGGAGGAGAACUCUUCAACUUGAAGACUUCUGUUGUCUUGCGGUGUUGGGUAGGGGCCAUUUUGGAAAGGUGUUGCUCGCUCGUCACAAGGCCACCAAGAAGCUGUUUGCCAUCAAAGCCCUAAAGAAGCAUGAGAUAAUUAGCCGGGAUGACCUGGACAGCUUGAAUUGUGAGAAACGUAUCUUUGAAGUCAUCAACUCUUCUGGUCACCCCUUCCUGGUCAACAUGUUUGCCUGCUUCCAGAGCCCGAGUCACGUGUGUUUUCUGAUGGAUUAUGCUCCCGGCGGGGACCUCAUGAUGCACAUCUCCUCCAACAAUUUCUCCGAAGAUGCCACUCGGUUCUACUGUGCCUGCGUGGUCUUAGGGCUUCAGUUCUUACACAAGAAGGCAAUAAUUUACAGAGAUCUGAAAAUGGAUAAUUUGCUCCUGGAUGCUGAAGGAUUUGUGAAGAUUGGUGAUUUUGGGCUUUGCAAGGAAGGCAUAGGUUUUGGAGACCGGACCAGCACCUUCUGCGGCACCCCAGAAUUCCUGGCUCCGGAAAUUUUGACGGACCCGUCUUACACCCGGGCCGUGGACUGGUGGGGGCUCGGCGUGCUCAUUUUUGAGAUGCUGGUGGGAGAGUCUCCCUUCCCCGGCGACACCGAAGAGGAGAUUUUUGACAGCAUCGUCAGUGAAGAGGUCCGUUUCCCGCGAUUCCUCUCUGCGUCCAGCACCUCCCUUAUGCGCAAGCUUCUCCAGAAGUGUCCCGAGCGACGUCUCGGAGCAGGAGCGGAAGACGCGGAAGAGAUUAAAACCCAGCCUUUUUUCAAGGUAACACCCUUCACCUGGGUCCUGAAGGGACCCGUUUUCUUUCAUUUGCCAGAAAGGGCCCUGCAAAAAAAUAAGAAGCAGCGAGCUGAAGAAAUGCAAG